AUGCGGCGUGCGCUGUUUGGGCGCACGUCGCGCAAUGGGCUGCUCUGGGCAGCCCUGGUCGCCGCCAGCCUUGCAGCAGCCGUGGCCAGCAGCGGGAACAGAGACCAGGCGGCGGACCCUCUGCUGGGCACUGCGCUGGGCAAGCUGCAGAACGCCAGCGCCCAGCUCGGCGCCGACAUCACGUCCACAUACAACAGCUUCAGCACCGCCGCCGGCCCCGCAAAGCACAGCUUGUCGGCAUCGGUCGCGUCGCGCCUCGCAGCUGCCGCCGACCCCGCGCGCGCGGCGCUGAAGUCCGCCGGCGACGCGGUCGUGUCCAAGGCGGGCUCAGUCAAUGUUGUGCAGCCGUUGGUCAAACAUGUGACGGAUGUGGUGGAGCCAAAGGCCGUCAGCUUCGCAGAGGCGGUCACCCGCACCAUCGACGCCACGGCCGGCCGGGCAAAAAAAGCGGCCGGCGCCGCCGCCGCGCGCGCGAUCAACGCGACGGCGGCGGCGGUGGACGCGGCGCUCGCCGCCGGCGUCGCUGCCGUGGGGCCCGCCUUGUUCCCCGCCGCCGACGCGCUGGCGGCCCACAUCAAUGCGGCCCAGGACGCGGCCGACAAGGUGAUCGAGCCCCUCUUGGUGCUCCCCUCUCACCACUUUUUUGACAAGUACGGAGCCCUGGUAACCGACGGCCACCCCGUCCGGGAGGCCUUGCGGCCUGUCAUCAGGCUCGUCAACCAACGCAUCAACUCCAAGGGCGCCAUCCUCGACGGCCCCGUCGCGGACGCGACGGCGCCCCUGACCGGCGCCCUCGCGCGGGCCUUCGAGAGCGUCUCGGUCCAGAUCGAGGGCCCCGUAGCGCAGCAGGUCGCCGCGCCGCGUGCGGCGGCGCGGGGCGUUGUCGCACGUAUCUCAGACUUUGUGGACGGGCCCGGGUACCGCCUCUCCCAGCCAAUCCGCACCGUGGCCAACCACGCGAUCACGCGCGUGGCCAAAUUCGUCGAGGGCGCUGACGGCAGCCCCCCAUACGCCCUCAACUCAACCGCCGGUGGCGGGGUGUUCAUCAACCACAUCGGCGAUUUCGUGGGGCGCCGGAUGGUCCCCGCCGUCGGCCGCAUCGGCAGCGCCGUGUUUGGGGUCAUCCCCAAGCCGGCGCCCCGCGACCGGAGCCAGCCUGGCCGGCCGACCGACCCCGUCUAUCCCUCUGCAGCACCCAGCAACCCAACAGGCGCUCCUUCAGGCACCUGCAAGCCCUGGGAGAAGCCUGCCGGUUUCCGCAACAUCCUGGACUACUGCAACGACUUGCAGUCCAAGCCCAAGCAGUACUUUGCAACCAUGUGGAACAAGACCACACCGCCCACCGUUGGUCAGGAGUUCCCUCUCAAGGGCUGCGUCUUUGGCUGCCUGGUUGGCAACGACCCCUACACCCGGGCCCAGAUUGAGACGUCCACACUUUUUGGCUGGAGCGGGUGA